AUGGCGGCCACUUAUGGAGAUCUCCGGCAUCUACUGCCUGGCAAUUACAAACGGUUCAUCACCUCCUGGCUCGAAGAGGACUGUCCCAGCUUCGACUAUGGUGGUUUCGUCGUGGGCGAGUCGGAGGGCGAAGCGCGAUUGUUAGGGAAGAGCAAGGGCGUGGUUGCCGGUGUCCCCUUUGUCGAUGAGGUGUUUUCGCAAUUAGGCUGCACAGUCGAAUGGCAUGUCAAAGAAGGAGACUCCAUUAAUCCCGUCACACAUUGCGCCACCGUCCGCGGCCCCAUCCGUAAAAUCCUCCUCGGUGAACGCGUCGCCCUCAAUAUCCUCGCUCGCUGCUCCGGAAUCGCAUCCAAGAGUGCCUCCCUCGUUGCUGCUCUCCGCGCCCACGGCUGGUCCGGUACCCUGGCCGGCACCCGCAAGACGACCCCCGGUUUCCGUGUCGUUGAGAAAUAUGGUAUCCUCGUCGGUGGUGCCGACCCCCACCGUCACGAUCUUAGCUCCAUGACUAUGCUCAAGGAUAACCACGUCUGGGCUUGUGCCAACAACAGUGCUGCCAGCGACGGUGGUGCUGGGUCAAUCGAGUCGAUUGCCGCUGCUAUUCCUCGCGCCGUGCAGGCGGCCAAGGCGGCUGGUGGCUUUGCGACCAAGGUUGAGGUGGAGUGCCGGAGUGUCGAGGAGGCUGAUGCAGCCAUCGGAGCGGGUGCGGAUGUCAUCAUGUUGGAUAACUUCACCCCCGAAGAGGUGCGUACGGCAGCCAAGAAGCUCAAGGAGCGCUGGGCUGCGGAGAGAAAGUCCUUCCUGGUGGAGGUCAGUGGUGGGUUGAAUGAAUCCAAUGCCGCUACGUACGCUAUUCCGGAUGUCGAUAUCAUCUCGACCAGCUCUAUUCAUCAAGGGACUGGCAUUGUGGACUUUUCUCUCAAAGUGUCGCUACGUUGA